ACAACCCGUGUCGUGGGAACAGGGUUGGGAAUUUUGAACAGCAUUGAUUCAGAAGUGUUGAUGAAUAAAUUAGCUGCCACAACAAGAGAUUUGACAAGACUGCAACAGCCCCUGUCCUCAUCUUUAUCAGCUUUGGGGACCCAACAAUGGUUGUUAUCAAAUAUACUUCCAAAUUGGGAAACAGUGCAUGUAAAUGACCACAAAUUAAUGAUUGAUGCACUUAGUAUUGCCCAGAAUAACAUUUCCCUGGCUUUGAGUUGUGUUCAGGCCCAACUGUGGAUGCAAUCGGUGGCUGCUUCCAUAAUUAGAGAGGGUGAAGAAGGUACUUUUCCCACCGAAUUUCGGAAAAUUAUUUGGGAUAGUGCCACUGAUUUUGAAAAGGAUUUUCAAUCUUGGUGGAAACUGGUAAAUUUUACUUAUGAUCCUAGCACAAAUAUGGCCACAGCUUUUGUACUAACUAUACAAAAUGCUUCAGUGUAUUCAGUUUUCCCUGUCAUUGCUUUAGGAUUGAAUCACGAUGGAGCUGUUCUCUAUCCUUCUGAACAUAGAGAAUGGGCCCGUCAGGUUGGUAAAAAAUGGCAAACUGUUAAUUUGGAAGCUUGCAUUGUCCGAGAACAACAAGGGUUCAUCUGUGAAGGUAAUGCAAUUAGAGCUCAGGACAUUUGCCUUGACACUGAACAGAAUGUUUGUCAUUUUGAGGUUUGUUUUAAUAAAAGUCUUGAGACAGUGCUUGUAUAUAUAGGCUAUGGUUGUGUAUGCUUAAGAACUAUUUGUGAUUCUGUGUUUGUAGAAGGUGUAGAAAUAGGUGUUAAAAAUCAUUCCAAUCUUUGUGUUUGUAAUUUUACCAAGAUUGAAGGAUGUGACUUUUCUUAUAUAGCUCCAGUUACUUCUCACUAUCUUUUGCAGACCAAUUAUACACUCAUUCACAAGUUAUUUCCUACACCCAUUGGGAUGAACCUUACUUUGGUAAAGCAAUUGUUGCUUCAUCGGGAUUUGAAUAACAUUCUAAAUAAAAUUAGAGAAGAUGGACAGAGAACUUUGGUGACAGUAUACCACAAUGUAGAAAAGAUACACCGUGUUUUGGAAAGAGUAAAAAAGGAUGCUGAACACAAAUGGUGGGAUACUCUUUUUGGAUGGUCACCUACAGCUACUGGAGUCUUGAACAAAUUGUGUCACCCUAUUAUUGUUCUUUUAAUUUUGGUAUUGAUUGGUUUUGUUUUAUCAGCAAUCUUAUACAUCAUGAAUUGGAAAAUGAUGAAACAAAUGAAACGAUUGGUUUUGGUAAUGGAUGCACACAAUUUGGUCAAUAGCUCGUUCGCCAUGGAUGUUCCCAAAGUUAUUGACACAGAGUGAAUUGCACUAACAGCAAAGUAAAGAUUGUUUGCUGUAUAUCUUAAAUUGAUUGUUGUGUUUUUGAUUUUUUGUGAUUUGUUUUGAUUGUUUGAAAGAAAAUUGUUUUAUUGUAAUUAUUAUUGAUUGAAAUUGUUUAACUAGAAUUGUUUGAUUUUCUAAUGAUUAAUUGAUUGUAAACUUAAUGAGAAAAAAUUAUUAAUAACAAUUUGUUUCAUUUCCUUUGUCUCUUCCUUUUGUUUUCCUCUUUCCUACUUUUCUUUAUCCCUCUACUCUUUUUCCCUAUUUUUCCGGGAUAUGCUACUGACGGCUUGAUGAGUCCUGAAGACUUCACAACCGCGCUGCUGAAUCAACGGAGUUUUCUUGACGACGAUCGUGAGUCACGGGGUGGUGUGAGAGUCGGGGCCCGAGGGUCCCUGGUUUUGCCUCACGACCUUCGUCAAGGUCCCCUGUCAAGGAAGGGACUGUGUGCAAGGGGCUCGGGCCUAACCCACGGUGUGUGUGUGUACCAAGCACUGAACUGCAGGUGUGACUACUGGACCGGAGCUGGCUCCCAUGGGAACUUGUACAAAGACAAUGGACGGCUGGACAGCCUGUGCUUACCUGCAACCAGGCCCAGACCUGCUUGGCCCAGACCUGCUCGAUCUAAACGGUUGCACCUGGUUCCCAGAGCAACGGGGCUCCUCACAAUGACUUUCGGGUGCUCCCUCCCGCUUCUGCCCGCCUUGGCCAGGUGCCCCCCGCUUCUGAAAUGACUAUAAAAGCUUCCCCCUGUGACUCACACUUUGAGAUCUCCCCACGGACAGAAGACGGAUCCAUUGGCCGGACGCCACGCCACGAGGACGCCUCUGCCGUUGGUAGCUAUAUCCCCCUGCCCCCCUUUCCUCGCUCUGUAUCCUAUUUUUCCUUUCUCACUCCCUCUGUCGCAAGUGUUGUUGGCACUCAAUAAAGGUGCAUUUGUUAUAUGAUUAAA